AUGGAAGAGAUGAUGAGAUCUGAACUUGUUUCCAUGUCUAGUUACUGCCGUCGCUAUGGUCAUCUCAAGCUCCACGAUUUCUCGAACCCGUCUUUCAAAAAGACUAAAUAUUCACCAACGAAGGUCUUUGUGGUUUCUUCUUCAUCAAGCAACUCCACCUCUCCUCCUCCUCUUCCUCAAAACCCUAUUUUCCAAUCAUUCUUCUUCCCCGUUACACCAUCUCCGAUCAUUCCUUAUCUACAACAUUGUUCCAGGAACACUAAAAAAAGGAAAUUUACACCGUCGAGUAGCAGUGGCAGUGUCAAAGUUAUAAGCAGAGAAGCUUUCAACGCCGCCGUUAAGAAACCUUCCGUAGCCGUUAAGAAACCUACCGUAGCCGUUAAGAAACCUACCGUAGCCGUUAAGAAACCUAUCGUCGACGUUAAUAAACCUACCGUCGCCGUAACCCACGACAGAGGAGUGAGAAAGUCUUCGUCUUGGGUUAAAUCUAGGUUACUUGGAAAAGGGGGUUACGGUUCUGUAUACCUAGCGACGAGUAAAGACGGCAGAUACAAAACAGAGAGAGCGAUCAAAACUGCAGAGCUUUCACGUGCGUCGAGUCUCAUGGACGAACGAAGGAUCCUAAAGCGUUUGAAAUCUCCCUUCGUGAUCUACUGUUACGGCGACGAGAUUGUACGCGAAGGGACGAGUGAUUGUUACAACUUGAUACUCGAGUAUUGCUCUGGCCAAUGUCUUGCGGAUGUGAUUGAAGAUAAUCAAGGAGGGUUGUCGGAGUUUGAUGUGAAGCUAUACGCUAAGGAUGUUUUGUCUGGUCUAAGUUACAUUCACGACAGGAACAUUGUUCACUGCGACAUUAAACCGGACAAUCUCUUACUCACCCCUGUUGAUCACCGGUUUAGGUCUAAUGGGUUUUUGACAAAGAUUGGGGAUUUUGGUUUAGCUAUGGAGAAAGGUUCAGUGGAGUAUGGAAACGGAUGUGGUCAUAAGAGAGGUACGACAAGGUACAUGGCUCCGGAGCUUAUAGGUCAUGGGGUUAUAGACUUUGCUGUGGAUAUUUGGGCGUUUGGUUGUUCGGUUCUAGAGAUGCUAACGGGAGUACAAGUUUGGGGAGAGCAUGGUGAUCUCGUUUAUGACGAUUGGGUCAGUCUAAUUGGUCAUAGUGAUCUCAUUCCGAACAUACCGAGUUGGUUAUCUGAAGAAGCAAAAGACUUUCUGAAGAGGUGUUUCGUCAAGGAGCCUAAUGCAAGGUGGGGGAUCAACGAACUCCUCAACCAUCCUUUCCUCAGUUCGAAUCAAGUUUUCUCUCAUAAUGGUUUUAUAUAUGAAUGA